AUGGGCCCCCCGAGGCCCGCGCUGCUGCUGCUUCUGCUGCUGCUGAUAGGCGGCGCCUCGGCGGAAGACAAAGCGCUGGAAAAUGUCAGCCCCAGUUGUCCAAAAGAUGCAACUCGAUUCAAGCACCUCAGGAAGUAUGUUUAUAACUACCAGGCUGAGAGUUCCAGUGGAGUCCCUGGGACUGCUGAUUCAAGAAGUGCCACCAAGAUCAUCUGCAAGGUCGAGCUGGAGGUGCCCCAACUCUGUAACUUUAUCCUGAAGACAAACCAGUGCACCCUGAAAGAGGUGUAUGGCAUCAACCCUGAAGGCGAACCCUUGCUGAAGAAGACCAAGAACUCUGAGGAGUUUUCCACCGCCAUGUCCAAGUACGAGCUCAGGCUGACCAUUCCUGAAGGGAAGCAGGUUUUACUUUAUCCAAACAAGGAUGAACCCAAACACAUCUUGAACAUCAAGAGGGGCAUCAUUUCUGCCCUUCUGGUUCCUCCAGAGACAGAAGAGGCCAAACAAGUGAUGUUUCUGGAUACUGUAUAUGGAAACUGCUCCAGUGACUUUAUUGUUAAAACAAGAACAGGAAAUGUGGCGACAGAGGUAUCCAUUGAAAGAAAUCUGGAGAAAUGUGAUCACUUCAAGCCCAUGAGCACAGGUGUUAGCCCACUUGCUCUAAUCAAAGGCAUGACCCGCUCCUUGUCAACUCUGAUCAGCAGCAGCCAGUCCUGCCAAUACACCCUGGAUUCCAGGAGAAAGCAUGUGUCAGAAGCAAUCUGCAAAGAGCAACAUCUCUUCCUGCCUUUCUCAUAUAAGAAUAAAUAUGGAAUGAUGACACAUGUUACACAGUCUUUGAAACUUGAAGACACACCUAAGAUCAACAGUCGCUUCUUUAAUGAAGGUGCUGAGAAGGUGGGCCUUGCCUUUGAGAUUACCGAAUCCACAUCACCUCCAAAGCAGGCAGAGGCCAUUUUGAAAACCCUCCAGGAACUGAAAAAACUGUCUGUUUCUGAGCAGAAUGCCCAGAGAGCUAACCUCUUCAACAAACUGGUUACUGAGCUAAGAGGCCUCAACAAUGAAGCAGUUGCAUCCCUCUUGCCAAAGCUGAACGAGGUGUCCAGUCCCAUUACUUUACAAGCCUUGGUUCAGUGCGGACAGCCACAGUGUUACACUAAUAUCCUCCAGUGGCUGAAAAGUGAGAGAGCUAACCCCAUUCUCAUAGAUGUCGUUACCUACCUAAUGUCCCUGAUCCCAGAGCCCUCCGAAGACAUGGUGCGGGAGAUCUUCAACACUGCAAAGGAGCAGCAAAGCCGGGCCACCUUCUAUGCUCUGAGCCAUGUGGUUAACAACUAUCAUAAAACAACACCGCAGGCCCAGAUCCUGUUAGACAUUGUGGAGUACCUGUUGGCACAGAUUCAUAAUAACUGCAUUGGAGACCAAGAUCUCAUCUACUUGACUCUGAGGGUCAUUGGAAAUAUGGGAUCAGCCAUGGAUCAAGUAACCCCAAGACUGAAGUCUUCAGUCCUGAAAUGUAUCCAAAGUACAGAGCCAUCACUGCUGAUUCAGAAAGCUGCUAUCCAGGCCCUGAGGAAAAUGGUCUCUAACAAAGAGGUCCAAAAAGUCCUUCUUCAAACUUUCCUCAAUGGUGCUUCUCCAAUGGAUAAACGACUGGCUGCCUAUCUCAUGCUGAUGAAGGGGCCUUCCCAGCCAGAUAUUAACAGAAUUGUACAACUCCUCCCAAGGGAGAAGAAUGAGCAAGUGAAGAAUUUUGUGGCUACCCACAUUGCCAACAUCUUAAACUCAGAAGAUUUUUAUAUCCAAGAUCUGAAAACAUUAGUGGAAGAAGCUCUUAAAGGAUCUCAACUUCCAACCAUCAUGGAUUUCAAAAAAUUUUCUGGGAACUAUCGCUUUUCCAAAUCUGUUUCCCUUCCAUCACUUGGCCCAGUCUCAACCAAAAUUGAAGGGAAUCUUAUAUUUGAUCCAAAUAAUUACAUUCCUAAAGAAAGCAUGCUGAAAACCACCCUCACAAUCUUUGGAUUUUCUGCAGUUGACCUCUUCGAGAUUGGUUUGGAAGGAAAGGGUUUUGAACCAACACUGGAAGCUCUCUUUGGGAAAAAAGGAUUUUUCCCAGACAGUGUCAACAAGGCUUUGUACUGGGUUGAUGGCCAAGUUCCUGCUGAGGUCUCCAAGGUCUUGAUAGACCACUUAGGCUAUAGCAAAGAUGAUAAGCAUGAGCAGGAUAUGAUAAGUGGGAUCGUGCACAAUAUUCAGAAGUUGUUCAACGAUUUGAAGUCCAAAGAAAUCCCCGAAGCCAAAGCAUACCUUCGUAUCCUGGGAGAAGAGCUUGGCUUUGUCAACCUUAAGGAUGUACAGCUCCUAGGACGACUGCUGCUCAAUGGCGUUCGCACCCUUCAGGGGAUCCCCCAGCUUAUUGGAGAAGCCAUAAAGAAAGGCUCAGAGAACGACUUGUUUCUUCACUAUAUCUUCAUGGACAAUGCCUUUGAACUCCCCACUGGAAUUGGAUUGCAAUUGCAAGUGUCCUCAUCUGGAAUCAUCACUCCUGGGACCAAGGCUGGACUGAAACUUGAACUAGCCAAUAUGCAGGCUGAACUGGUGGCAAAGCCCUCUGUGUCAGUGGAGUUUGUAACAAAUAUGGGCAUUAUCAUUCCGGACUUUGCUAGGAGUGGGGUCCAAAUGAACACCAACUUCUUCCAUGAGUCAGGCCUGGAGGCUCGUGUUGCCCUGAAGACUGGGCAGCUGAAGUUCAUUGUUCCUACACCAAAAAGGCCAGUCAAGCUGUUCAGUGGCAGUAACACAUUGCAUUUGGUCUCUACCACCAAGACGGAAAUGAUUCUACCUCUGAUGGUGAACAGGCAGUCCUGGGCAACUUGCAAGCCUUUCUUUACCGGCCUGAACUACUGUACCACUGGUGCUUACUCCAAUGCCAGCUCCACAGAUUCUACCUCAUACUACCCACUGACUGGAGACACCAGAUUUGAACUGGAACUCAGGCCAACAGGAGAAGUAGAGCAAUAUUCUGCCAGUGCAACCUAUGAACUCCAAAAAGAAGGCAGAGCUUUAGUGGACACACUGACGUUUGUAACACAAGCAGAAGGUGUGGCACAGAGUGAAGCUACUAUGAUGUUCAAAUAUAACCGACAAAGUAUGACUUUGUCCAGUGAAAUCCAAAUUCCACAUUUUGAUGUUGAUCUUGGGACAGUCCUCAAAAUUAGUGAUGAAUCUGUUACAGAGAAAAAAUCUUACAAGCUCACCUUGGACAUUCAGAACAAAAAAAUCACUGAGGUCACUCUUACUGGUCACAUGAGUUGUGACAUUAAGGAAGAAGGCAAAAUCAAGGGUGUUAUUUCCAUACCCCGUUUGCAAGCAGAAGCCAGAAGUGAGAUUCUCACCCACUGGUCCCCCACAAAAUUGCUCCUCCAGAUGGACUCCUCUGCGACAGCUUAUGGCUCAACGAUUUCCAAGAAGGUGACAUGGUGCUAUGAUGAAGAGAAGGUGGAAUUUGAAUGGAACACUGGCACCAAUGUGAACACCGAAAAAGUGGUUUCUAAUUUCCCAGUGGAUCUCUCUGAUAUUCCUAGCAGCUUGCAUCUGUAUGCCAACAGCCUCUUGGAUCACAGAGUUCCUCAAACAGACACAACUUUCCGGCACAUGGGUUCCAAAUUAAUAGUUGCAACAAACACAUGGCUUCAGAAGGUAUCCAGGGACCUGCCUUAUACCCAGAUUUUGCAAGAUCACCUCAAUGGCCUAAAGGAGAUGAACCUACAGAAAAUGGGAUUGCCAGAAUUCCACAUCCCAGAAAACCUAUUCUUGAAAAGUGAUGGCCGGAUCAAAUACACCUUGAACAAAAACAGUGUGAAAAUUGAGAUUCCUUUGCCUUUUGGUGGCAAAUCCUCUGGAGAUCUAAAGAUCUUAGAAACUAUUAGACCACCAGCCCUUGGUUUAAAACUUGUGGGAAUCCCCUUGCCAUCUAAAGAGUUCCGAAUCCCCACAUUUACCAUUCCUAAGUUGUAUCCACUAUGGGUACCUCUCUUGGGUGUUCUGGACCUGUCCACAAAUGUAUACAGCAACGUGUACAACUGGUCCGCCUCCUGUACUGGAGGCAACACCAGCACAGAUCACUUCAGCCUGAAGGCUCAGUACCACAUGAAAGCCAACUCUGUGGUUGACCUGUUCUCCUACAGUAUGCAAGGAUUAGGAGAAACAACCUAUGACGACAGGAACACAUUCACAUUAUCAUAUGAUGGAUAUCUGCACCACAAAUUUAUGUAUUCAAAUAUCAAAUUCAAUCAUGUAGAAAAAAGUGGAAAUAGUCCAGCUUCAAAAGGUUUACUAACAUUUGAUGCUACUAGUGCUGGAGGAUCACAGAUGUCUGCUUCAGUUCAUUUGGAUACUAGAACGAAACAGCAUUUGUAUGUCAGAGAAAUCAAGGUGGAUGGAGAGUUUAGAGUCUCUUCAUUCUAUACAAAAGGCAUUUGGGGCCUAUCUUAUCAGAGAGAUCUUACUACAGACCAGCUAAAUGGAGAAUCCAACCUGAGGUUUGACUCUUCCUACCUCCAGGGUACCAACCAAGUGACUGGAAGAUAUGAAGAUGGAGCACUCAACUUUAUUUCCACCUCUGAUUUGCAAGGUGGCCUCCUUAAAAAUACAGCUUCCCUGAAAUAUGAGAACUAUGAACUGACUCUGAAAUCUGACACCAAUGGGAAGUACAAGGACUUUGCCACUUCCAGCAAGGUGGAUAUGACCUUCUCUAAACAAAAUGCAUUGGUACGUUCUGAGUAUCAGGCUGAUUAUAAUGCACUGAGGUUCUUUGCCCUGCUUUCUGGAUCACUCAAUUCCCAUGGACUUGAAUUAAAUGUUGACGUUCUGGGUACUGACAGAAUUAACAGUGGUGCUCACAAGGCAACCCUAAGGAUUGGCCAAGGUGGACUGUCUACCAGUGCAACUACCAACUUGAAGUACAGCCCAUUGGUGCUGGAGAAUGAGCUAAAUGGAGGAGUUGGCCUCUCAGGAGCAUCCAUGAAAUUAACAACAAAUGGGCGAUUCAGAGAACAUAAUGCAAAAUUCAAUCUAGAUGGAAAAGUCACCCUCACAGAGGUAUCCUUGGGCAGUGCUUAUCAAGGAAUGAUUCUAGGUGUUGACAGCAAAAAUAUUUUCAACUUCAAAAUCAAUCAAGAAGGACUUAAGCUUUCAAAUGAUAUGAUGGGGUCAUAUGAUGAAAUGAAACUGGACUACACAAAUAGUCUGAACAUUGCAGGCUUAUCACUUGGCAUCUCUUCAAAACUUGACAACAUUUUUAGCUCUGACAAAUUUUAUAAGCAAAAUUUUAAUUUACAACUUCAGCCCUAUUCUCUUAUAACUGCUUUAAACAAUGAUCUGAAAUACAAUGGUCUGGAUCUGACCAACACUGGCAAAUUACAGCUAGCACCUCUAAAGCUGAAUGUGGGUGGUACCAUCAAAGGAGCCUACCAAAAUAAUGAGAUAAAACAUAUCUACACCAUUUCUUACGCUGACUUAUCAGCAAGCUAUAAAGCAGACACAGUAGCUAAGGUUCAGGAUGCAGAGUUCAGUCAUCGGUUCAACACAGACAUUGCUGGGCUAUCUUCAGCCCUUGACAUCAGUACAAACUAUAAUUCAGACUCACUGCAUUUCAGCAAUGUUUUCCAUUCUGCAAUGACACCAUUUACAAUGACCAUUGAUACACAUACAAAUGGCAAUGGAAAACUGGUUCUCUGGGGGGAACACACUGGACAACUCUACAGCAAAUUCCUGUUGAAAGCAAAACCUCUAUCCCUUACUUUCUCUCAUGAUUACAAAGGAUCCACAAGUCAUCAUCUCAUGUCCAAAAGAAGCAUUGACACUGCUCUUGAUCACAAAGCCAGUGCCCUGCUUAUUCCAACUGAGCAGACAGUUACCUGGAAACUGAAGACCCAACUGAACAAAAAUGAAUACAGCCAGGACUUGGAUGCUUACAACACUAAAGAAAAAGUGGGUGUGGAACUUAGUGGACGUGCCCUGGCUGACCUCACUGUGCUGGACUCACCAGUGAAUGUGCCAUUUUUAUUUACUGAGCCAGUCAAUGUAAUUGAUGUGUUAGAGAUGAGAGACGUUGCUGACCAACCCCAAGAAUUCACUGUUGUAGCUUCUGUGAAGUAUGACAAGAACCAAGAUGUUCACACCAUCAAUCUCCCAUUCUUGAAAAUUCUGCCAGAAUCUUUUGAGAGAAAUCGAAUAGCAAUUAUAGCUGUACUGGAAAGCAUACAAAAAGAAUUGAAACACAUCAAUAUUAACCAAUUUGCUAGGAAAUACAGAACAGCCCUGGACAAAAUUCCACAACAAGUUAAUGAUUAUCUGAAUGCAUUCAAUUGGGAGGCACAAGUUAUAAAUGCCAAGGAGAAACUAACUGCUUUCACACAAAAUUACAGAAUUACAGCAAAUGAUCUACAAAUCGCAUUAGAUAAUGCCAAAAUCAACUUGAAUGAAAAACUGUCUCAACUAGAGACAUAUGUGAUACAAUUUGAUCAGUAUAUUAAAGAUAAUUAUGACCUGAAUGAUUUAAAAAUAACCAUUGCUAAGAUUAUUGACCAAAUCACUGAAAGAUUAAAAUUUCUUGAUGAAUAUUAUCAUAUUCGUGUAAACUUAAUAAAAAUAAUCCAUGAUCUAUAUGUAUUUGUUGAAAAGAUUGAUUUUAACAAAAUUGGAAGUAGUACUAAAGCUUGGAUUCAAAAUAUGGAUACUAAAUAUCAAAUCAGAAUCCAGAUACAAGAAAAACUGCAACAGCUCAGAACACAGGUACAGAAUGUAGACAUCCAGCACCUUUCCGAAAUGUUAAAACAACAAUUUGAGAUUAUUGAUACCAGAAUGGUUUUAGAUCAAUUGAGAACUACAAUUCCAAUUCAAAGAAUAAAGGACAUUAUCGAUUAUGUUAAACACUUCAUUAUAAAUCAGAUUGAAGAUUUUGAAGUAACUGAGAUCAUCAAUGAUUUUAGAGCCAAAGUCCAUGAGUUAAUUAAGAAGUAUGAAAUAGACCAACAAAUUCAGGUUUUAAUGGAUAAAUCAAUACAGUUGGCCCACCAAUUUAAGUUGAAGGAAACUCUUCAGAGGCUAAGCAAUGCCCUAAAACAAGUUGAGAUAAAAGCUUACUUUGAGAAAUUGGCUGGGUAUAUUUAUAACAAUGUCAAAAAGCUUAAAGCAUUGAAUUUUGAAAAGUUUAUGAUAGAUGUAAACAUAUUCCUUGACAUGUUGGUAAAGAAAUUAAAGUCAUUUGAUUACAACCAGUUUGUGGAUGAAACCAACAAGAAAAUCCAUGAAGUGACUCAGAGAAUCAAUCAUGAAAUUCUGGCUGUGGAGCUACCACAGAAAGUUGAAGCCUUAAAAGUGUUUGUAGAGGAGGUCAAAGCAGUGAUUUCAGUCUAUCUCAAAAACCUUAAGGACACCAAAUUAACCUUACUCCUUGACUGGCUACAAGAUGCUUUUGGUUCAGCAUCUUUUAUUAGCAUGAAAGCCAAAUUCCGUGAGACCCUAGAAGAUAUACGAGACCGAGUGUACCAAAUGGACAUUCAGCAGGAACUCCAGCGAUACUUGUCUCUGAUAAGCCAGGUCUACAGAACCCUUGUCACUUAUGUUUCUGAUUGGUGGAUUCUUGCUGCUAAGAACCUUACUGACUUUGCAGAACAGUAUUCUAUCCAAGACUGGGCUGAAAACCUGAAACGACUGGUAGAACAGGGAUUCAUAUUUCCUGAAAUCCAGACCAUGUUCUGGACCAUGCCUGCCUUUGAAAUCAGUCUUCGUGCUCUUAAAGAAGCCACUUAUCAGACUCCUGACUUCACAGUUCCCCUGACAGAUUUGAGAAUUCCAUCAGUUGAGAUAAACUUCAAGACAUUGAAAGAUAUAAAAAUCCCAUCCAAGUUUACCACACCAGAAUUUACUGUCUUCAAUACCUUUCACAUUCCUUUCUUUACAAUUGACUUGGUAGAAAUUAAAGUAAAGCUCAUCAGAACCAUUGACCAAAUGCUAAGCAGUGAGCUGCAGUGGCCUGUUCCAGAAGUGUACUUAGGGGAUCUGAAGGUGGAUGACACCUUUCUUGCGACAAUCACUCUGCCAGACUUCUCUUUGCUAGAUUUCACAAUUCCGGAAAUUGUAAUCCCAAAUCUCAACCUUAGAGACUUUGAAGUCCCCAGUCUAUACAUACCAGAAUUCCAGCUUCCCCAAAUCUUCCAUACAAUCCAACUACCCACUUUUGGCAAGCUGUAUGGUACUUUGAAAAUCCAAUCUCCACUUUUCACACUAGAUACAAAUGCUGGCAUUCAAAAUGUGACCACUUCGGUGAACAAGGCAGAGAUUGUGGCUUCCUUCAUUGCCAAAGGGGAAUCCAAAUUAGAAGUUCUCAAUUUUGAUUUUCAAGCAAAUGCACAAUUGUCAGACUCUGAGAUCAAUCCAAUGAUUGUGAAGGAAUCUGUGAAACUCUCCAGCAAGUACCUGAAAACAGAGCAUGCAAGUCAAGUGCUAUUUUCUGAAAAUGCUAUCGAGGGAAAAUCAGACACAAUGGCAAGUUUACAAACAGAAAAAAAUACACUGGAGCUUAGUAACAGUGUGCUCCUCAACAUAAACCAACAGUUUACUUUGGAUAGCAACACAAAGUAUGUCCACAAAUUGAACAUCCCCAAAUUGGACUUUUCCAGUCAGGCCGACCUGCGCAAUGGAAUGAAGACACUGGUGGAAGCUGGACACAUAGUGUGGACUUCUUCUGGAACAGGGUCAUGGAAAUGGGCCUGCCCCAAAUUUUCUGAUGAAGGAACACAUGAAUCACAAAUAAGUCUCACUGUGGAAGGACCCAUCACUUCCUUUGGUUUGUCCAAUAAGAUCAACAGUAAACACCUAAGAGUUAACCAAAAUUUGGUUUGGGAAUCUGGGUUCCUCAACUUUUCUAAAUUUGAAAUUGAGUCACAAGCUGAAUCCCAGUAUGUAGGCCGUAGUGUUCUAACUGCCAAAGGCACAGCACUGCUUGAAGACAUGAAGGCUGAGAUAAGUGGCAACCAUGAUGCUCAUUUAAAUGGGAAAGUUAUUGGAACUCUGAAAAAUUCUCUUUUCCUUUCAGCACAGCCAUUUGAGGUCACAGCAUCUACAAACAAUGAAGGGAAUCUAAAAGUUAGUUUUCCAUUAAAAUUGACAGGGAAGAUAAACUUCCUGAAUAAUCAUGCACUGCUUCUGAGUCCUAGAGUCCAGCAAGCAAGUUGGCAAGCCAGUGCCAGGUUCAAUCAGUAUAAAUACAAUCAAAAUUUCUCUGCUGUAAACAACGAGAACACCAUGGAAGCACACGUAGGAAUGAAUGGUGAAGCCAAUCUGGAUUUCUUAAAUAUCCCUUUAACAAUUCCUGAGAUGACUCUACCUUACACAACACUCAAAACUCCCCAUCUGAAAGAUUUCUCAUUAUGGGAAAGAACAGGCUUGAAGGAAUUCUUAAAAACAACAAAGCAAUCUUUUGAUUUAAGUGUAAAGGCUCAGUAUAAGAAAAACAAAGACAAAUAUCCCAUCUCAAUUCCUGUGGAUAUUUUUAAUGAGUUUAUGAGUCAGAACAUCAAAUCUUUCAACAAGCAUUUUGAGAAAGGCAGAGACAAUGCAUUAGAUUUUCUUACCAAAUCCUUUAAUGUCCUUCAUGUCCCUAGGAGUCUUCACAAACGUUCCUUUCCAGAUUUCAAGGUACCAAGAACCUCAAACAACAUCUUUAUUCCAGCCAUGGGCAAUAUUACCUAUGAUUUUUCCUUUAAAUCAAGUAUCAUCACAUUGAAUACCAAUGCAGGACUUUAUAAUCAGUCAGAUAUUGUUGCUCAUUUUCUUUCUUCCUCUUCUACCUUUAUUAAUCCACUACAGUACAAAUUAGAGGGCACCUCAAGUUUGACAAGGAAACGAGGGUUGAAGUUAGCCACAGCUUUGUCUCUGAGUAACAAAUUUGUGGAAGGCAGUCAUGACAGUACCAUUAGCUUAACCAAGAAAAACAUGGAAGCAUCUGUAACAACAACUGCGAAAGUCCAAAUUCCAAUUUUGAGAAUGAAUUUCAAGCAAGAACUUAAUGCAAAUACCAAGUCAAAGCCUACUGUCUCUUCAGCUAUUGAGUUCAAGUAUGAUUUCAAUUGCUCCAAGCUGUACUCUACUGCUAAAGGGGCAGUUGACCACAAACUCAGCUUAGAAGGUCUCACUUCCUAUUUUUCCAUUGAAUCGUCUACCAAAGGAGAUGUCAAGGGUACAGUCCUUUCAAGGGAAUAUUCAGGAACUAUCAGCAGUGAGGGUAACACAUACUUGAAUUCCAAGGGCACUCGGUCUUCAGUGAAGCUGCAAGGAGCUUCCAAAGUUGAUGGUAUCUGGAAUGUAGAAGUUAAAGAAAAUUUUGCUGGAGAAGCCAAUCUCCGACGCAUAUAUGUCAUCUGGGAGCACAAUACAAAAAACCUGCUAUGGCUCUCAGACAAUUUUUUUACAUCUGGUGAGCAUACAGGCAAAGCCACUCUGGAACUCUCCCCAUGGAAAAUGUCAGCUCUUGUUCAGGUUCAUUCAAGCCAGCCCAAUUCCUUCUUUGAUAUCCCCUACUUUGGCCAGGAAGUAAUUUUGAAUGUUAACACCGAGAACCAGAAGGUCAGCUGGAAAAGUGGGGUCCAGGUUCUUGCUGGGUCUCUCCAGAACACUGUACAGUUUUCUAGUGACCAGCAAGAGGUAUGUCUUGACAUUGCAGGAUCCUUAGAAGGACACCUGUCAUUUCUCAAAGAAGUCAUCCUACCAAUUUAUAACAAGAGCUUAUGGGAUCUCCUCAAGUUGGAUGUAACCACCAGCAUUGACAGGAGACAGUAUUUUCAUGCUUCAACUGCCCUUGUGUACACCAAAAACCCCAAAGGCUACUAUUUUUCUUUACCUGUGCAAGAACUGGCCAAUGAGUUCAUUAUCCCUGGACUGAACAUAAAUGAUCCAGACUCAGUUCUUAACAUUCCUACUUUCAACAUCCCAUUUACAAAUCUUCAGAUUCCAUCAUACACACUUGACUUCAAGGAAAUAAAAAUCAGCAAGAAGCUAAGUACGUCAUCAUUUGACCUCAACAUGCCAAUACUACCCCAAGUAAAAUUUCCAGAAGUUGAUGUGUUGAUAAAAUAUUCUGAACCACAAGACUCCUCUGCUCCCUUUUUUGAGGUAACAGUGCCUGGAUCUCAGUUAAUUGUAUCACAAUUGACCUUUCCAAAGAGUAUUUCAGUUGACAGUACUCUAUUGGAUCUAAAUAAAAUGGCCAACAAGAUUACAGACUUUGAUUUGCCAACUAUCACUGUGCCUGAGCAGACUAUUGAGAUUCCUUCCAUUAAGCUAUCUGUACCUGCUGGAAUCUUCAUUCCCUUUUUUGGAUCACUGACUGCUCGUUUUGGAGUGGCCUCUCCCUUAUAUAAUGCCACCUGGAGUGCUGGCUUGAAAAACAAAGAAGAUCACUUUGAAACAUUUCUGGAUGCCACAUGCAGUUCAACCCUACAGUUCCUGGAGUAUGAUCUAAAUAUUGUGGGAACACACAAAUUUGAAGAUGGCACAUUGGUCUGUAAGACCCAAGGAACAUUUUCACAUCCUGACUUCAGCGCAGAAUAUAAAGAAGAAGGCAAAUAUCAAAGACUUAUGUACUGGGAAGGAGAUACGCGCCUUGACAUCACCAGCCCAAAAUUCACUGACGUCUAUCUGCGCUACCAAGUAGACGAGCACAGCCUCUCCUCCUCAGUAGCCUCCCCAGCCAUAGGCACUGUAUUUAUGGACUUUAAAGAAGAUAAAGAUACUCUUAAAUGGGACCUUUACUAUCGCCCUCAGUCUUCUACAGAUAAAAUACACUACAUAUUCAAAACUGAGUUGAGAUACCAAGAGUCUGAUGAUGAAAUUCAAAUCAAAGUUAACUGGGAAGAAGAAGCAGCUUCCCAAUUGCUAAAUUCUGUCAAAGACAACGUGCCCGAAGCCACAAGGGCCCUUUAUGACUAUGUCAACACAUACCACCGUGAGCAUACAGGACUGGACCUGAGAGAUGUGUCCCCACGACUCAGAAGAAGUCUGCAGAAUGGUGCUGAGCAGACAUAUCAGAGGGCUGUGAGGUGGAUUGAUGAGGUGGAGAUGGGGCUUCAGAGAGCUGCCAGCAACACUUCUAGGAACUAUCAGCAGUGGAAGGACACAGCCCAGAAUUUGUACCAGGACUAUUUUCACAGUCUCACAAAUAAGGCCUAUGACAGUUCAAUCCAAGUAAUUCAGAAAUACCAUAUAGCAGUCAAACAUCUGAUUGACUCACUUAUCGAAUUUCUGAGAGUCACUAGAUUCCAGCUCCCAGGAAAAGCCAAGACAUAUACUGGAGAUGAAGUCUGCACUAUGAUCAUAAGAGAAGUAGGAAAGGUACUGUCUCAGUUAAAUUCAGAAAUCCAAUAUGGGCUAAAAAUAUUGGUGUCCUAUUUCAAAGACCUAAGAGAGAAAUCAGAAUUUGUCAAGGACCUAACAUUAAAAUUUCCUUUUGAUUCGACAAAGUACAAACUAGUCGAUGAAUUUCUGUGGUCUAUAGAACUGUUGAAAUCUUUUUCAGAAGAUUUCCAAAAGACAUUUGAUGACCUUCAGUCUAUCAAGAGUAUAGAGAUGCUCACUAAUCUUCAGGUAUUUCUACAUAAAUGUUUCUGGGUGAUAGAAAGUAACAUAAUUCAUUUAAAGGAGAAGAAACUGUCUUAUUUCAUUAAUGGUUUCCAACAUGAUGUCAUAGGAGGUUUCAACAAAUACAUUUCAUACAUUUUCAAUUUCCUUAAAGAAAAUCUAUAUCUUAACCUUUGUAAAUUUAAUGAACUUGUUCAAAACAAAUUUCAGGAAGCUUCUCACGAGUUACAGAAGCUCCACCAGUAUAUAAAGGCUCUUCGGGAAGAAUAUUUUGAUCCAAGUAUGGUUGGCUGGACAAUGAAAUAUUAUGAAGUUGAAGAAAAAGUAAUGAAUCUGAUCAAGCACCUAGUAAUCAUCCUCAAAGACUUGCAUUCCAACUAUGCUGACAGUGCUGCUCGCUUGGUAUUUGGAAAUAUCCAGGAAUAUCUUUGUAUCCUUAUGGAUGAAGAGGGGAAAGGGAAUGAGAAGAUGGCAGAGCUCUCAGCUCCUGCUCAGGAUAUAACAAAAAGCUGGACCACUACAGUGAAGGAAACCCUUUCUGCUUACCACCAACAGUUCAGAUAUAAACUACAGGGUCUGUCAGACCAACUCUCUGUUUGCUAUGAAAAAUGUGUUUCUGACAUCCAAAGGGUGAUUGACCUGACCAUUCAAGAGUACCUCAUGUUUCUGAGAUAUAUCACCGAGUCACUGAAAAAGCUGCAAUUGAACACAGCCAAUGAUUUGAGCCCCUACAUCAAGGUUGCCCCAGGAGAACUCAUUAUUACUUUCUAA